AGAGAAUAGAACUAAUAUCGACGGAGAGAUUAGGGAGGGAGUGAAGGAAUGGCCGCUCAAAAUGAAGCAAAGCUGCCGCGAACGCCCAAAUUUCCUACGCACAAUGCACCGCGCGUGUGGUUCUUGACCUGCGCCAACAGCCCCAUUGGCAUCUCACUGUGCACGCAUUUGCUCGCGCAUGGCGACUAUGUCACUGCGGGUGUGCAACCCACCGAGUACGAACGGGAGGAGGAGAGGAGUCGGGACUUCAAGGACUUUCUAGAGGAGCUCAGUGCGCCAUCGACUCCCGCUGUUGCCGUUGCUACCAAGGACGGCGAGGACGAUGACAACAACGACAGUGAAGGGGGAGAGCGAUCUGGGAGGAGAGAGAGGGGCAAGGAGAGGGCAGAGAGGGCAUCGCGAGACCGAGAGCUGUGGAAGAGCAGGCUGCGCGUGGUAGCCCUGGAUGUAAAACUCAUGGGUCAGUGCCAGUCGGCGGUUGCAGAGGCUGUUCGUUGCUUCGGGCGUAUCGAUAUACUGUUCUGCUGCCAUUCUGAAAUCGUUGUCGGAACGGUCGAGGAACUAUCACAGAGCCCAAGGACACUGAGUCUGGUCAAGGAUCAAUUUGAGACCAACUUCUUCGGCCCUGUCAACAUCAUCAAGGCUACACUUCCCAUUUUCCGGCAGAAGAAGAAUGGUCACAUCCUCCUGAUGACUGCCGUCACUGGCCAUCUGGGCACACCGGGUCUCAGCAUGUACUGCGCAAGUCAAUGGGCAAUCGAGGGCUACUGUGAUAGUCUCGCGUACGAGAUUGCUCCGUUCAACAUCAGAAUGACUAUUGUACAACCGAACAUGGAAGUCAAUGUGCUCACACAUCGCAUCACUUCUGCACCUCCUAUGGCCUGCUAUACCGACGAGAACAAUCCGGCUCCGCUGUCACGCAACAUCCUAUCAUCUCUGCUCGACAAAAUUGAGGGCUCCGCGGAACCGACCACUGGGGAUCAGCUGUACUCGGACGACGUCAAGAGCCUGUACGCGCCGCUAAGCAGAGGCAUGAAGGAGCGACUGGUAGCAGAGACGGUGCAUGCCGUUGCAGCUAUUGGCGGCCAUGACAAUCCCCCAGCGCGGCAUAUUGUAGGCGUGGAAGGCGUCACUGCAGUCAAGGAGAAGCUCAAGACCGUCAGCGAAGAACUGGAGGACUUCAGCGAAUGCAGUGGUGCUGCUGAUAUCGAGAAGACUGGGGACAUACAGACUCCCAGCUGAAAUUCGCCGAAUGACAAGUAUAUUCUCACAGCUCACUGGUGAUCGGUGUUUCCCAGGAUUGCAUGCGAGCAUGUUCCCGGUCUUUCUCGGGUCUGGCCGAAUGCCUGCAAGGGGCACCGGCCCUACAGCAUGCGAAUAGACACGGGCUUGGGAGUUCUGGACUACCUACCUCCUAUGCACGAGUGCUGGCUGCCUGGCACUAUUGUUUUACGUUUUACGGUAUUAUGGACUGCGUGCGAGACAGCUGGCCACGCCCAAUAUCCUGUGUCAGGCCUCCUGCCGCCUUUCGACCUUCAAUUGCCGGCGCAUUGCGGCACUGCGGGAGGGUCGUAGUAUAAUAACCCAAAUUCGCCGCGUGGACACCCACCCCCACAAUCGACGUGCUUAGCGCUGGAAAUAGCGACCUCCGCCGCCUUCGACGCAGCCUCCUCCCGCAGCACAUUCACUCUGGUUCCGAGACACACCACCGCCGACCGACCGCCCUCCGCCCCCCGCUGCGACGACUGCCCCCGCUGUCACCUCAUACGCCUCGUCCGCGAUACCACGAGAAUAUUGGGGGGAAUGCUGCAGACGCGCCACGUUUGAGUAGGACCGAAUACGGCUCCGAGCAGCCGGAAGCGAGAGUGGUUCAACAGGCUUGCAGACAUGACAACGACGACGACAACACAACAACCUGCGGGUGUGCCACCCAGCUCGGGCGCAAAGCGUGAAGGCCAUGAUGCCGCGCCGAAACAACAACUGAAGCGCGCCUGUGACUGCUGUCGCAAACGAAAGGUGCGCUGUGAUGGGCAAGACCCAUGCACGCCCUGUAAGAAGGCGAGCAUACGCUGUGCCUACCUGGCCGUGCCGAAGAAGAAAGGUCCCAAAGGUUUGCGGAGCGCACGCGUGUUGCAUGCUCUGCGGCGCAUAGAUCACGACGCAUCAUCCCAGGCUCCAAGUUCUGCGGGUUCGCUCAGUCCAAAUCAGACACAACCGUUCGGCAGCAACUGGGGAUGGGGCACGAAUGGUAGUGUACCCCCAGGCGCUUCUCCGAGUCAAGCACCGCAAGGCCAGGAGAUUGCAUAUGGGCAGCCGACCGCCAGUGUUGCGCCAGACCAGCGGCCGUACCACCAGCAGCUGCCUCCCUCGAUGCCACAUAUACAGCCGGUUUACGCACCGCAGGUUCCGUUGGUCAAGCAUGAACCAGCACCCCAUCAAGAAACGCGGCCCAUACCUCCGAACACGCAGCAGUCUGAGUCCAUAGCAGCGGGCAGUGAGGCACAAUCGCAAGUCUUCACACCGAUGAGCUCUGAGCUCUACAGUCGCCGCGCGAUCACUCCUGAGGCGUUCAUGCCGUUCGUGCAGCUAUUCUUUCAACACAUGUUCCCCAUCAUGCCUGUAUUUGAUCGCUCGGUGUUCUUGGAUCCUUACCAGUACUCCAAUCACUCCUCCAUGAGUUCGGAGAUGUACGCUCUACUGUGUGCGCUAUGCGCGACUACGGUUGUACAAUUAGAUGAAUCAAUACCGCAACCACCCUCAAUACAUCCCUCGAAAAAGACAGACGCAUUCUUUGCCGAAGAAUGUCUGCGGGAAAGAAUGCUUUUCGACUACCCAGAGCAAGCCACAUCAUUCAAUCUCAUGACUAGCUUCUUGCUGUUCUGCUACUACGGCAAUCAUGAGAACCACAAUCGAGCCUGGUACUUCCUGCAGGAGAGUAUCACUUUCUCCGAGAAUAUGAGCUUGGACGAGGAAGAGUUGUACGAGAAGCUGGAUCCUAUCGACGCACAGUGGCGGAGGCGUAUCUACUAUCUCCUGUUCAUCACGGAAAGAGCAUAUGCUGUCCAGCGGCGAAAACGCACGAGACUCAGCGCAUCAAUAUCGCUGCCUUCGGUAUUCGAAAGCGAGGAUCCGCAGUUGCUGAACGGAUUUGUCAAUUUGGUCAACCUCUUCAGCGCCGUGGACGAUAGCUUCGUCAGCAUCUGGCGCGGCUCGAGGAGAGCUAGUCUUUGCGACGAAGCGUGGCUCGUGCGAACCCAAAAGCAGCUCGAUGCGAGCGCGCAUGCGGUAGCUGUUGGUGAGAUCACCGAGACACAACGUCUGGACAUUAGCGUGACACGCGAGUGGCUUCACGUGUUGGCAUGGCAGAUGGGCGUCAGCAAUGGCUUGAUCUGGAGCCAAGGUGAAGGUGGAAUGAGGCUAGACUACCCAGUCGAGAUAUCUCGGAGGGUGGUAGAGAUUACCGAUGGAGCCAGCCCAAUUGCGCUGGACUCUCAUGGCAUUGGCAUGGAGCAGAAGUUGUCCGACAUAGCAGGCUGCCUCGCUGACGUCCUGCGGUGUACUGCUGGAGACACGUCCGCAACCUUCCUCGAGGGAAAAGAAUACCUCAAAACCCUACUCAAUCGACUCUCCUCCAUGCGUGGCAAGGAGUCUCGUUACCUGAAACCUCUGAUGAUGAAGAUGGAAGGUCUUGUUGGGUACGAGCUCCAGAAUGUUACACUCCCGCCACCUGAUGAGCAACGACAAAUUCUCUCGUCCGCAAACAACUCCAACGCACAGCUCCCCAGCAUCUUCGUCACGGCUCUUGAUGGCAGGACGAGUUCGCAAUGGACCAUGCGGGAGAGCGUGAGUAUGCUUAGAACGCUGAGCAUGUGUGGGACCCUAGGGUUGCCGAGUAUUGCCGUCAUGGAAGAACCGAACGGGUGGGCUCAGCAGAGGAGACCGAGCGGAAGAGUAUUGGAAGAAGCGGAACUCGAUGUCCUGCAGCCCUGGCUGCAGGCUGGCGCGAUGUAGCAUGGCGUGGAGUUCAGGACAUGGUUUGCGGAGUCGCAUUUUCUUAGGCGUCUUGGGAAACGACUGCAUGAUGGAACGACUUUUUUUUGAAUUGAAACGAAUGGGGUUGCUGACGACCGUCUUGAGGCACACUCAUAUAUCUGUACAGUUCACGCUGGUACUCGCUUUGCAGCUAGCUGAUUAUCAGAUGAUAUCGGACGAUCUCCUGACCCGGUCUGGG